AUGCUUCCCGUGGGUCCCCUGCACAAGUUCCUCGCCGUACCGAUCAGUUGGGCGUGCAUACAUGUUUGGGGACAAUUGUUUGAUUACGUUCGGGAAAAAGUAUGUGUCUUAGACGAUGGCGAAAAGGAUUUCUUCGAGGAGCUGUGGGAUGACAUGGCCGAGGAAACGGAGGACGACGUGAUUGGCCUCACAGCCUCGUUCUUGACAGCGCAAACUCUCAGAUACUCGAUCACAGGCAACAUGCCCAAUGCAGAGGGUGAUGAAGCACCCGCGCUGGUCGAAGGAUACUCCAACUGGAAUGUGUCCUGUCUCAUUGGCUGGGGAUUCGCCAUGGUCAUUAUAGAGGGAGUGCGGCUGGCCUUGAUUAAGAAAACGUUCAAGCGAUUCACGCCCCAGUUGCAGAAUGUCAUGGCCAUGAACAUGGCCUGGAGUCUAUUCUUCGGAUUCGGUUGGUUCAUGGGGGUCAACUUUCCGAGUCUGCAAGGGAUGUUGAAGCACGUCGUUGUGGCUUUAGGUCUCACGUUUUCGUCCAUGCUGAUGAUUUUUGUGUUGGAUUCGGUUGAGAUUGCCCUCAAGGCAUCUCACAAGAAGCAAGUGUCGAAGACCGCCGACACCAGUGACAACAAGCGCGCAAAGAACAUUGCCAGCUUCAUCGAGAGCAUUGUGGUGGCACUGGCAAUACUCAUCGGCUUCUCCUGGGAGAAGGCGUUCGACGUCGCGGUGGAGGGAGUCGCGAAAGCCUCCGAGCAGCGCGUGCCGGAGCACGCCACGAAGCUGCUGAUGGGUGUCGUGCUGGCGGGCGUGGUGGUGCCCGCCUGGCGCCUGCACAUUCUCCCGCACAUCGAAAAGAUGAAUGAAGAGCUGGAGGAGGAGGAGGAGGAGGAGGAGGAGGAGGCCGAGGAGGAGGAGAAGCAGGAGAAGGAGGAGGCCGAGAAGCCAGGCCGGGAGGGCGCGGCCGAGAGGCGGCGGAGCUCCCGCGAGGCGCGCGGCCCGCCCGCGCUCGAGCAGGCGGCUGGGGCUGCUCGGCCCCGCGGCGGCGACGAGCUGCGGAGGCCGCUGCUCGGCGGCGGGGGGCGGAGCCCCGGGCGCGACGCCGCCGGCCACGAGGCGAGGAUGGCGGAGCUGGCGGGGCUCAAGGCGGAGGUCGACGGCAAGCUGGACGCCGUCAUCGCGCAGCUCGGGGUGCUCGACCGACGCUCCGCCGAGCUCGUGGCGGGCCGAAGGCGCAUCGGCGAGAAAAACUUCACAUUUGCCCCGGACCUGGCGGCCCCGAUGGCGGAGCAGUUUGAGCGGAGCAUCUCAUUACAAGAGUGCGAGUUCCCGGCGUCCGGUUCUCAGCAGAAUUCUGAGUUGCAGUUGUCCGAGGACGUUUGCGCGCUUCUGGCGAUCAUGGCGCGAGACGAGGGAAUCCCGACCGCGGGGUGGGUGGAGGACUCCCACGGCGGUGCCGUUGCAGUGCUUACUGAGGCAGAGAACAUCAAUAUGGCAAGGUCUGCUGGGGGCAGGCUUCCUAUGCCGAGCGCCGUCCCGCUGCCCCGCGGGGCCCCUGGCCGCCAUGCGGCGAAGGGGCCGAAGAACGAGAUGGGAAAGGAAAUGGGCGGGGCGAAGGGUCUGGCCGCGGAUGAGGAGCGCCGCGUCGGCGCCAUGAUGGUCGCCGCAGGGCCGGGGCUUGCGAAGGUGACAAUUGUCGCGGAGCCGCUUCGGUGCCCGACCGGCGCCCUGUUUGCCGAGCUGUCGCAGCAGCUUCCCAGGCUCGGGGAGGCCCGCGCGGCCGCCGCCGGGCGGGCGCAGCCUCAGCUGACCUCAAAGUGGUGGGCGCUGCAGCUGGAAGGGCGCGCCCCCGCGCCGGUGUGCCUCCAGGCGUACGGCAGGCAGUACGCCGCGCUGCUGGCCCGCCACUGCGGCGAGCACCAGAGGGAGCACCAGCGCUGCAUCAAGUCCAAGAAGUUGGACCCGCUGAACAUGUCGGCCUGGUACCCGGCGUGCGGGGAGCCGUUCGAGCUCCAGGGCGCCUGCGCGGGGGGGCUUCUCGCCGAGCUGGACCGCAGGUGCAAAUCGCCGCUGGACAAGGCCGCGCAGGCCCUGCAGGCUGCCGGCGGCAACGCGGGCGAUCCCAGCGUCAAAGUGCCCCUCGAGGCGAUCGGGCGGUGCAUCGAGCAGGUGGGCGCCGCCAAGGACGUGUCCGUCAAGUACGACCCCGCGGCCGCCCGCCAGCGCUUCACGGCCACCAGCCGCCUCAUGCUGCGCUGA